AUGCUAGUGAGGUUGAGGAGGCAGGUGAAGAUGCUGGAGGUGCCGGUGCCGAGGGAGAGGAUGUGGGGGCCGCGCUGGGAGGAGGUGGUGAGGGGUGCUGGGGGAGGUGGCCGCUGGAGGAUGCGGCGAUGCCGGGGGGUGGCGGUGCCGGCGUAUGCGCUGGACAACAGGGAGCUCGAGUGGCUGGAGGCGUUUUUGGAGACGUGUGACUAUAUGAGUGGGAUGCAGGAGAUGUGGUCGGAGGGCGUGACGGUGCAGGAGUGGUGGAGGAGUAGGGAGGUGGGGGUGUAG